AUGUCACUUAAGACGGAAUUGAGCCGAUCUGCGGGCGCGGUUUUCGGUUUUGGUCGCGACUUUCGUUUUGCGUUUGCCGGUGUGUCCGUCGUCGGUGUCCGGGGUUUUCAGUGGCCUUAUCGGGCUUUUCUUGUAGCUGGUCCCCAUCACACAUCUUCACAGAUGUCUGAGUCUGUUUAUACAGUGAAGUUGCCCGCUCCACGUGAAGUGACCCCAUUGAUCCGCACUGCCCGUUGGGGAUUACUGGCGGUGGGUAUUCUUUAUGGCGCUAUCCGUCUCAAAUUCUUGAAAUCUCGGGAGGUCAACAUACAAAAGAGGAACAAAAUUAUCUUGGAAAAGCGAGCCAAAGAAUACAAGGAAUGGUUUGCUGAACAGGCCGAGAAAUCCGCUCAACAACUUGCCCGAGAAGCUGGUGUUUUACAAAAACCCUAA